UGAGGUUUUGACAUUUGUCGUCUUCAUAUACAAUUCUCAGAACGCAGAUACCUUUACGAGCGCACCACCGCUGAAAUGGCACAAGGAAAAUUCAAGAAGGCCUCCGCCGGCCCGUCGUCAGUCUUGGCAAAAAAGCACCAGAAGAAGGAGCUCACUGGGCCAAAGAAGCGUGAAGGCAAAGCUAUCGCACCAAAACACCGAGCACUCAUCAGUCAGAAGACCUUGCAAAAAAAACUCUCGGCAAAAUCGAUAGUGCAGACGGAGCGUCUCAUGGCCGCUCGCGCUGGAGCCACGGGAAAGCUGACGAUAAUGAAGAAGUUGGGGGAGCAGGCUAAAGCAGAGUUGGACAAGGCCAAGGCAAAGAAGUAGACGGAUCGAUGAGAAGUUUCGUUCACUGGUCGUGGCGCCGUAUUGGUUAGCACUUGUCCCGGGACUUCAAGCCGGGCACUUUUUGGAGCAUCUAGUCACAGUUCGUAAGCAAUAUUGUACAUACUAUUCCCCAAAUAUCAUUCCGACAGUACGAGAUA